AUACCUACCAAUAUACAAAUAUGCCAGUUCCAUUUGAAGGUUUAAUGCCAUAUGCCAUUAUGGCUGCAUUCUUUGGUCUUGCAGGUCAUGGUGUCCAAUUCAUUAGAUAUUGGGACAACGGUUGGAAGAAUGACAGAUGGAAUUUAGAUGCAUGGGACAAAAGAAUGAUGAAGCGUGAUUUCUUAUUGACAGGAAUUAAACGUGGUCAAUCACAAGAGCCAGUCGCCCCUGAACAUUUCAAGACCGCCGACACUAUCGAACAACAAUACUACUCUGCCAACAGAGGACAAUCUUUCGUACUCAGAGACAGAUUAUGGAGAGGUUACGUUUUUGGUGAUUGGGAUUGGUCGUAAGCUUCUUAGCAUAGCAAUAGCAUUUGAUUGGUGGCACUUGUCAUCAUUCUGGGAGUUUGAAUUGGAGUGGUAUUCAUGUAAUAUUUAUUUCGUUUUAACCUUUUUUAUUAUAUAUCUAUAUUAUACGCAGAAAAAGAAUAGUAUCUAUUU